AUGGAGAUUCCCGGCCAAGAUAAAGUUCCCCCGAGACACCUUGAAGAAGUCAAGCGUGUCAAGGGCUAUUUCAACAACACGAAUAAGCCCAGUUUUAAAUUUAGAAAAAUCAUAGGAACCGGUGCGCGAGGGUUCGCUGUAGAGAUGGGGAUGGAAGACGACUCUAGUGAAUCGCCGAAGAGACCAUCACUAAUAAACCCACUAUUCGGCAUACCUAGACCACCCACUGGACCAUUGCCUUCGUUUUUUGAUCCAUUACCUCCAUCAUUUGACCGACCGUUGUUUGGACAAUCUUUAUUUAGACCCUCAUUUGGUGGAAACUCAUUCGAUGGACCAUCAUCAUUUGUAUCGCCUUUCAAUAGGCUACCAUCAAAUGACCCGCCAAUAGAAUUGGAAAGGUUGGAACGAUUCGUGAUGAAAAGAGCAUUCGAGAGAAAGGAUGAUGAAACAAUUGUCAGGGAAAUUGAAGUUCUCCGGAGACUCCAAGGGGCCCAAAAUAUCCAACAGCUAUAUCAUUUGCCGGAUGCUGAAGAAAGUCUCAAGCUAGAGUACUUGCCAGGCCCAACAUUAUUCACGGAAUGGAUACCAAACGGCCAGAUUCGAGAUUUGAUAAUGACAAGACCUGAAUGGGGCCACCCAUUGCCAAACCGAAUGCUCUGGAGGUGUUUUCUAUGCAUGUGCCAUAUGCUCAUCGCCAUGGCUUGGCCCCCGGAUGGGAAUCUAGAUGCACAUUCGGCUAGGCCAGAGCUACCACCGAUGGACCCAUCUGGUGUCCGCCCACAAAAGUCGACAUUGAGACACAACGAUAUCAAUAUCGGGAAUAUUAUGUUCGGAGAUUUCGAUUUAACUGCACAUCGAUCUGUGCCAAUUCUCAAGCUGAUUGAUUUUGGACAAGCUAGCUAUUCAGCUCCACCUUUUAUAUAUACAGAGGAAGCAGCCGUCAGACAAAAUAUGGCAAGAAUUGCUGAAGUGAUGAUCAACUUAAUAGGGGGUACAGUCAACAUGACGAUGAGAGGGAGUGCAAACAUGGAAGUAACUACGAAUGGACAGACACAGGUUAUAAGAUCAAGAGCAAAGGACUUAGAUGGGCUUGAUAGAAGGUACGGGGCAGACAAUGCCACCAUGCAGAGGCAUAUGGAGUGGGUGGGGAAUUUGGAUAUCGAUCUUAGAAAUCUUUUGGUACGGUGCUUGGCAACUGACGAAGCGAUGCGGCCAGGACUCGAAGAUUUAUACGAGGAAGUUCUGCGGAAUGUUACAGAGAAGACUCGAGCAUCUUAUGCCGGUAAAAGAUGGCAAGAUAAUGAAUCAGACGAAUCAUUACGUAGAAUUUCGAAGGCUUUGAUUAUAAACCGCCAGCAAUAA